UGCUUGCAAGUGGGAGGAGCCGGUGUUGGAGGAAGUAUCUCUCCCCUCUGUUGACUUGGCGGCCAAUCUUUCGUUCGUUUGCUGGCGCGAUAAUGAAGGCCUCUGCCGGGUCCCCCCUCGCUUCCUACGAGACACUUGUCCAUGCUGUGGCCGGGGUUGUGGGUAGUGUGACUGCCACAACAACGUUUUUCCCUUUGGACACUGCGAGGAUACGACUUCAAGUUGAUGAAAAACGUAAAUCCAGCUCCACACCUGUGAUACUGGCAGAAAUUGUGAAAGAGGAAGGCUUAUCAGCUCUGUAUCGUGGAUUGUUCCCUGUCAUUUCUAGUGUUUGCUGUUCGAACUUUGUUUACUUCUACACAUUCAACAGCCUGAAAGCAAUAUUGGUGAAGGGUAAUGGCAGGGCUACACCAAGCAAAGAUCUGCUGAUGGGUUGCAUUGCAGGUGCUACUAAUGUUGUCCUAACAACACCAAUGUGGGUAGUCAAUACAAGAUUGAAACUGCAAGGAGCAAAGUUUCGAAAAGAGGAUGUCCAUCAGACUGAGUACAAAGGUAUUCUCGAUGCCUUUCAACAGAUCAUCACAAACGAAGGUGUGGGAACUCUCUGGAAUGGGAUCCUACCAUCCCUUAUCUUGGUCUGUAAUCCUGGAAUCCAGUUCAUGUUUUAUGAGGGGUUGAAACGAAAAGCCAGCAAAGCAGGGAGACGGAUACCGUCCUGGGAAAUAUUUAUGAUUGGAGCCAUAGCAAAAGCGAUUGCCACGAUGGCGACCUACCCCUUGCAGACUGUGCAGGCUAUAUUACGGUUUGAACCAAAUAAAAGGAAGUCAAAGAAUACAUUUCAGGAGAGCGUCCGUACAGUUAUUAACUUGCUAUCCGAGAGGAUUAAAAAAGGUGGUUUCUCAGGGCUCUACAAGGGUCUUGAAGCCAAGUUACUUCAGACAGUUUUUACUGCCGCUCUUAUGUUUCUGGUCUACGAAAGGAUUGCAGGAAUUACCUUCAAAAUCAUGGGAUUAUCUAAGGUGGCCAAGCACUAAGUGAAUAAUCAGAAAACUGACCAAAUGCAGCAGGGAGACCAUUUAGCUUCUGAUUUGCUGCCGAAGUAACAUUACAAUGGGUGAUACCAUCUUGUUUCCAUGAAGAGAUUACAUUAACAUGGGAAAACUGCACUGUUAAGUGAUGCACCCAAUAUAACGUACACUGAAUUUGCAAUGCUGUUGCAACAUUGAGGAACACAAAUACUGAAAGAAAACAGAAGUCCUUACAAAGACAGCAUUGUACAUUACGCAGCCAUUAGGUUAAUUUUGCUUUUCCACAAAUGACAAAGUUGAGGGAAUGGGGGAUCCAGUUUUCCUGCAGGAUAAAACUGAAAAAUUGUGUACUUAAGAACUAUGGGUGUCUCUGUAGAUGUUUACAUACUGCAUUAAUUUGUAACAAUUUGUAACACUGGCUCUGUGCUUCUACAUUGUUUUUAUUACGUCACUGGGUGUAGUCCAACCUAGUGACUGAAAUGGAGCAGUAGUGAAGAAUCUGUGGAAUUUUUUUUCAAUGUUAAGGAUGGAUAUUAUUUAUAAGAGGGGAGUUAAUAGAACAUGCCAGCUCUCAGCUUGGAGAUAUUUGACUGUUACUCUAUGUGGAUUAUAAUAGUUUCCUCAAACUAGGGAAGUUAACUAUGGAAGUUGUGUAUUAUUGAAGCAAAACAAAUAAAACAGACUGUUUCCAUGGCUAGGGAAGGUUAUGUGUAUUUUAAAACUUUUAUUAUGAAGACUAUGUACAUUUUUGAAGUGUCACUUUGUAUAGAACUGUCAAUUAAAGGACAGAAGUUCAGCAUUACAUAUCCUUUGAUACUGAA